UCACUAGCCCACCCCCCUAGUUGCGAAAAUGUAUGUAACAAUUAUUUAUACGUAACUAUUGUAACUUCUCGGUUAUGUCACAUAUCAUCAAUCAUUUUAACUUCUCAAUAGUAACUUCUAUGUGAUAUUACAUAUGGAAUUCUCAUAUACAGCUACGGCAAGAAGUUAUAUAUCGGUAUCAUAAUGACAUUUUAUUCUUAUACGGAUAUUUGAAGGUACAUAUAAGUUACAAUGUACCGUCACUUUUGAGAAUAAAAACAGACGGCACAUAGACAGUAAGUUCUUCUUUAUGCACACAGGGUUAGUAUCUAGUGUAAUACAUAGCCAUCGCCCCAAUAGUACGUCUUUGAUUGAAACACUGGCCUUAAAACAUACUUCCGGAAGUAAAGCACGAUUGCUUAAAGUAGACUCCAAUAAAAUUGAAAGACCCUCCUUUUCACACUCCAGAGCCUGGGAAAAAAGAAAAAGUGUACCGCUUGUGGAUAGUGACAAAAAGUUUAAAAAAGUAACAAAGGACAAUUAUUAUUUUAUUUAGUCUUUUAUUAAUAUAUUAUGAUUUUUACAUGGAAAGUAUGGAAAACCAUGUAUUAAAGGAUCGAUGUACGAACGCGAUGUCACGGAAGACGGUAAUGUCUCCUCGGCUCUUUACGUAAAAAAAGGAAAAUAUGGAAAACCACCAAUUAAAGGAAUGAUGUAUAUACCCGAUUUCAAGGAAGACAGUAAGGUCCCCUGUUCACUACCUAGAGCUGCAGGGAUAAAAAGGAAAAGAGUACAGACUGAUGCUUACAGCGACAGAAAAUUUAAAAAAGAAAAGCAUGAAAAACUUUCCAUCGUGGGUUCAACGUAUCAACGUGAUGUCGCGAAAGACGGUAAUGUCUCUCCUUACUUCUCGCCCCCCCUCCCCCAACACAUCGUCAAAUUAGAGGUAGUGUAGGUAGGAUCUGCUGUGUUUAAUUUUGAUCCAUUGCAUGUUGUAUGUUUAUAUUUAUGAUAUUUUGAAUAUAUUAACCAAACAUAGUAUGUAUAGAUACCAAGUACCCAUAGUACCUAUUCAGAGAGUAGAUUACGAAUGGAAAAUUAAAAAAAAAUAAAUACCAAUUUCGAAGCAAUUAUGACUAGUGAAUACCUGCAGUAAAUGAUAUUUACGUCGCACUUUUAUGAUUUUAACAAUUUAAUAGCCAUAUUUUU